AAGAAGACAAACCGGAUGUUUUGGCUACCAGCUGGCUAACGUGACGGAUUUUCCAAGAAGUUACACAUAUUUCUCUCAGUCGUUUAAAUAAGUAAAGAUACACCGGUAUUUUGUACAGUAAAUACCACGAUUUGUCCGUACAUUUGCUGUUUCGUGAGCUCUGUUUUAAGACGUAGUUUAACUGUACUAUUUUAUUUUAUUUUAUUUUUUUUACUUCGAGUUUUCUGAAUUGAACGACAACGUUUUUUCAUUUCCCAUCCAAAUAAAUCUAUGGUUAUUUUUCAAGUUUCCAAUAAGAAAGAAAACUUUGACGACAAAUUUUGAGUUGGAACAGCCAGAAGAGAAUGUUUAUUUUCAUUUAAAUACACCGAGAAGAAAAAUGUCAAAACAUUCCAAAAGGAGAAAACUAAAUAGGUUGUCUUCAUCUUCAGGCGAAGAAGAAACGGGUUCAAACUGCCAAAAUGAUGCCUCCAAAAGGAAAAGUCACAAAAGAAAAAAUGACGAAAUGGAUCCAAAGAGCUCUAAAAAGGAACAGAAAAAAUCUCAUCAAGUUGACUCCCACAGCUCCCGCCAGAUAGCAAAGCCUGUUUACAGACUGUCAACAAAAAAAGAAGAGCAGAAAGUCUCUCCUAAAGAAGAGCAGCUUAAAAACAAUGGACCUUUGCAAUUACACAUGGAAGGGCAAUCCAGUAUAUCUAGAACAACUAGGGAAAUUAAAACUGUGAGAAGGGACCAGUCAAAGCCCAAUAAGGCAAGCUGUGCUGCUUUACUUACUCAGACAAUAGAGAAGAAAUUGGAAGACAAGUCUGAUAAAAAGUGCUCUCAGGGCAGCUAUUCUGAACUAAAAAAUGAGCAAAUCAGUAACAAGUUAGAUGCUGCUGAACACAGAGAUCACAGGCAGGGAUCAGAGAAGAGGAAUGGAUCAGCUAGAGAACCUUCAAGAUCCCCGCAUGACAGCAGGAAUACUAAGACCCAAGAACCCAUCUCCUCCCACUACAAACGUUUUCAAAAAUGGAGCAACAUGGCUCGAGACCAGAACACAAGUAAAAAUUAUCCGUAUAGCAGAAGUACGAGUGUGGAUGCCAAAAAUCCCCCUACCUCUGUCACACAGAAGUCUUGCAUUUCACCGAAACCCUCUAUGACAGUGACAAACCCAAAGAAAUGGAAGAGCUUCACUUCAACCCCCGUGAGCAACAAAUCAGAGCCACCGCCAUCCACUCUGAAACAAAUGGGGUUUCUAAAAUGUUUGCCUUUUAAAUUAAAUUUCAAAAUACCAAAACACAGUCAGCCUGCACUUGCACACAGCUCACUCGGAAAUAAUAAUACGGUGUCUUCGAACCAAAACCUCAAGCUUAAGGAUAACAAAGAUGGCUCUGGAGCAAAGAAAUUGGAGCCAGCAAAGGUGGAACCUUGCAGGCUUUUGGCUGGUUCCUCCAAUUCUCCUUGUAAAGUACAAAGUAAGAGAUCAUCUUUGCCUGACCGUCUCCCAUCUGAACUCCAUCCAGCAGGAGAUGCAAAAUCUGAGCAAUUCUUUGAUCAGGGUCAGGUAGUUGAAGAGCUUCAUCUUGCUCGGUCUGAAAAGAGGCUGGAGGUAAAUGUGAAGCAGAGCUACGGUGAACUCACUGGCAUGGACAUAGAUUCUGCUGAGGAAGGAGCUGCAGAAACCAAUUACAGGGAUCCCAAACAGAAAACCCUAAUCCUGGUUCUGGACACCAACAUUCUCCUCAGUCACUUGGAUUAUGUGAAAAAAAUCCGAUCUUGUGGCCUUGAAGCAUUGGGAUUUCCAAUCGUCCUGAUCCCCUGGGUGGUUCUACAAGAGCUGGAUUCCCUUAAAAAUAGAAAAGGUCUGUCAGGAUCGGUGGCCCACCUUGCAACUCCGGCCAUCUCGUUUAUUUACACCUCUCUGAAGAAGCGGGACCCCCACCUGUGGGGGCAGUCCAUGCAGCAGGCCACUGAGAUCAGCAAUGGUCUGAAUACCAAGAAUAAUGAUGACAGAGUGCUGCAGUGCUGCCUGCAAUACCAGAAUAUGUAUCCAGAGUGUGUCCUCAUCUUAUGCACUAAUGAUAAAAACCUGUCCAAUAAAGCUGUCCUGAGUGGAGUGACGGCUCUUAGCAAGGUUGAUUUGGAGGCAGGGGUCAGGAGGUCGAAGCAUGGCCAUCAGUUCCUUCUUGACGUUCAGUCUCCUGUUCCGUCUCGUUUGAGCCACAACAUCUCAUCCCCAGCGUUGAGCACAAGCUGCUCACCAGCUUGUGCUCAACUUCCCGUUCAGGAUAGCGCAGGUUUUCCCCUAGACACCCCACGAAAAGGUCCACCUGUUAAGUUCCCAUCAGUGAAAAAAGGACACUGUCAGGAGGCAGAGUGGGACCUCAGUGCAUAUCUGUGUGAACUGGAAGACAGUCUGCGAGAUGUGCUGUCUGAAGUGUUAGAAACCGAGAUGAAGGCGGCUUAUGAUGAACUCUGGCAAGAGAUUGUCUAUAUAAAACCUCCCUGGAGUCUUCAAGAUGUCCUUCAGUGUUUUAAAAAGCACUGGAUUGCUGUCUUUGGACAACUUGUCCCUCGGAAGAUGUUGGAAACUGUUGGAAACCUUAUCAACUUCUUUAGCUCAGGUGAAACCAUAUCAACUUUAUGGUUUCUACAAAAAACUAAGGAGUUAGUGAAAGCAUUUAGGAAAAGUUCAGAACGUGUCCCUGGUGCCAUCACUGUGAUCGAAGACAUUAUAAAUAAGGUACAAUCACAGCACGACACGUCUGGGGAGCAGGAACUGUCUGCUGGUGAUGUUGUCAUGAAUGAUGACGAGUCUGUCGAUAAGCAGCCGGGAUCACCUCACAUCCCUCCACAGGAAGUGUGGGCUGUGUUCGAGAAUAUCUGGUCUCACGUGUACCAAACUAGUUUGGAAGUGUUCAAAGCGCUCAGCUUUGACCCUCUCACCAUGCAGGCUGCUACACCGAUGGGACGUCCUCCGCCGCCGCAGGACGCUUUGGCCUGUUUGCACAGACUGUCCUCGAUGGUUUCACAGCUGCUGCAGGCGUUUGGCAGGGUCUUGUCUUCGACUCCGGGUUUAGAGGAAGUCCAGACACUGCUCAGCAUUAUUUACUCCAAUAAGCUUGUCAGUGACGAAACCAGAUUAACAGCUAAAGACCUUCUGGAUUGUUUCUCCCAACCAGACUACAGGGAGAAACUUGGAGUUGGAGGAAACCAGUUAUUGGAGCUAAAAAAGGCCUUGGAUGGUUGUGUUCAGACCACAGGGCAGAACUUUGCCUUCACCGCACCGUGCUGAUGAAACUCAGGGUCCCAUUAACAUCAACCACCGGCUGCCUGUAAAAACCUAACCUGUUCCUUCGAUUAAAACCUUUUAGUUGACGGCAUUUCAGUUUUUUUUUUUACCAUUUUUCAACACUUUUAAUCUAUAAACACCUUCACUGUAACAGAAACUGUUUUGUUUUCUUGUCUAAAGAUGUUUGUUGAAGUUUAUUUUGUUUUUUUGUUUUUAAUUCUGUAAUAUGUGAAGUUGUUCUCCAGUUUGUGGUCAGUUCAAAAUGCAAGUGUUCUGUCAUUCAAACUAGAGAAUGAAAGAACAUUUGCAUGUUAUGUUUGUAUCUGUGUGUAUUUUUCUAGUAUGUAAUCACAAUAUUUCUUUUAUGUUUUAGCGAAAAUGUCAAAUUUUACCUCUCAGGUAGAUAUUUACUGGUAUUCUUGAACCAAAUGAAUGUGUGAUGAAGCCACGCUGUGAAGCUUUUGUUUUUGUUUUACUAGUGUUGUCGCUUACUUGUAAUUUUUUUUAUUGUAUUUAUUGUUGGGCCUUAUUUAAAAUCAAACUGCACUGACACAAAACUCAUUCUAUGCAGUUGUUGCUUUGUUUCUUCCAAAGCAAUAGAAAAAGCUUUGAAUAAUCUCCUGAAUGUUGGACCUUUAACAUAUCAGUGUUUUUUUAAUGUUCCAGGUUCAGCUGAUCAAAGUGCCUUCUUUAUGACGGGAGCCUUAUUGCUCUCCUGCCGUCAGUCUUCCAUAAAGGUCAAAUUCUUGGCAUGUAUGGCCAGUAGUCGUCCCGUUGACACAUUUUCCCACCUGAGCUUUAGAUUUCUCCAGCUCCUCCAGAAUCACCAAGGGCCUCUUGGCUGCUUUGCCAUUUUUGAUGAUGAAUUGAACAGUUGUAACCAUUUAACAUUUACAUACCACAAAUAAUAAAUAACAUUUCCUGACGCUUGUGGCUUAAGGGCUAUUAAUGCUUUUGCAAAGCGCUGCAUAUCUUCCACCCCCAUGAUGGACUGGCGACUUGCCUAUGCCUAUCUCAGUUAUUAGAGAUAGGCAUUAACGCCGCUGCGGACCCUGCAAAGCUGGUGCUUUAAAACACUUUUUCCGUUUCAUACUACUUCCAUUAAGGGUCUGCUGGUUUAAAAUGCUGAGAAGCCCAAAACUAACAUCUGGUUUGUCAUUUUAAAGCUUGAAAUUACUGAUGUGAUUUUUGCCUUACAGAUGGUAGAGAUAGCUGAAUAAGUUUAUGUUGUAGAUUUGCAAGUUUUAUAAAUUCUUUGUGCCAAAUUUAAAAAAACAUGUGUGUACGAGUCUUUUGCUCUUGUAAAUUAAAUCUUACACUCCUAAAAUCA